AAGAUAAACAUGUCGGCCUACCAAGAUGCUACUGUACCAGCCAAGAAACAUUGUACAGAUAAUCUUGACCCGAUAUUUAGAGACUUCCCGGGAAACAUAAAGAAGCAGAUUGCAUUACAUUUACAUGAUCUGUGUGAUAUUUAUCGGGGUCCUGAUUUGAAUUCACUUCGAUUUUUUAACUGCAACGCAGCUGAUGCGAAUGGCGGCGUUUCAUUUUCUGAUGCAUACUGUUGUGUGAAACCGGUAAAAAAGAAAAUGUUUGGGUCUGUUUUCGUGACUGGUCUUAGCAUGAUGUCAAAGUUUUUGGAAGAAGGGGAACUUCCUGAAAGCAUUCCUGAAAGAUUCCUCCUCAGUAAAUUGUUGCACUACCUUGUUGACGAAGAAACACAAGCUGCUCUGCUGAAUUUGGAACAAUAUGAUAAGGCAGAUCUUUCCAUUGUGCUGGCAAAUCACUUGAUUGGAAAAUUGGCACCAUCAUCAAGAUACGUCAUUGACAAGCAUGCCAUUGGGAAAAAGAUGAAAGGAAGAACUAAAUGUCCUUGUUCUCCAGACUGUGCUAUGUCUGGUGUAUUCGGAGAUACUAGUAUAGGUAAUGAAGAAGUAUGGCAUGGGCAGUUGAAUAUCAUUGUCAACCAAGACAUAGGAAUUAGCAGUAUCGAAGAUGAUGAAGAAAAUCCUGAAAUUCUAGGAGGAAUGAAAUUGAAAUCUUCUACAUGUAGUUUGGAAAAUAGUGACCAACUCAUUGCUCAGACUGUGGUUUUUUCUUUUCUUCAAAAACAGAUUCAUCCAUUGAAUGAACAUUUUCUAUUGCCGUGUUUUGGAGUGGCAGGUACUGGUAUAGUAAUUUACUUCUAUGAUUCGGAACAUGAUGUUCUUCUUAAAAGCUCUCGUAUUCCAUUUCUUAAAUCAACCAAGAGUGACUUGCACAUGAAGGUCAAUCUAACGGCUAUCUUGGCAUCAUGGUUAGCUGUUAAUUACAAGCAUCUGUCCAGUGGAUUGCCAGAGUCUCUAAAAUCUGAAGACAAAAAAGCUGAUUUUUUUUCACAAGUGACUGAGAAAAUUGAAAUUUAUAGAAAUAAAUUAAAAUUAGGAGAUGUUGGAAUGUCUGUGCAUCCACCAGUACCUGGAGAUAUGGAGGAUUCAGGGGAGGAGUCGCCCGAUGAACUGGGUGAUGUUAGAUGUAAACUAUAUCAAGUUGUUUAUGGUGGAAAGAAAAGGUAGAUGAUGUAGUGCAGGAAACAGCUGAAAUUUCUGAUACUCAAUCUAGGAUCAAUAUUGAUGACAAAAUGUUUGACACUUUUAACAGGGUACUGAGUGUGGUAAAUUUCAUAGCCUGGCAAAUUAUCUGUAUUACACCUUCUUUAUUCCUAUAUGAUAUAGGGAACUUUAAUAAAGCAACUAAAUAUUUGCUGUAAAAUUCUGAAUAUAUGGUGUCAGGAAGUGUCGCAAACUAACCUACAUCAAAGUCAAAUGCAUCAAAAUCUUUUAAAAAGCCUGUUUUUACUAACCAAUAGACACCUGUACCAUAUCUAUAGAACAGAAAAUCAAAAUUACCUGGAGAAUGUCAUUAAAUAAUGUUAUUACUUUACAUUCCCAUUUGGCAACUUGUGUAGAUGAAGAAUGCAGUGAAAUGAUGAAUAAAUUGUUUAUUGUAUAAUUAU